AUGAGCUCAGACAACGACAGCUUUUACUCCAACAGGUCUCUGACGGAGCUGGACCUCUUCAGCAACCUGGAGGACAUCGACGUGUCUGCAGACGGGAGCCCGAUCCUCCGGCUCCUCAUCUGCCUCGUCUACUCCGCGGUGUGCGCCGCGGGGCUGAUGGGCAACCUGCUGGUCCUCUUCUUCAUCAGAGUCAAGCAGGAGAGGAGGAAGUCGAGGGUGAACUUUUUCGUGCUCAACCUGGCCGUGACGGACCUGCAGUUCGUGCUCACGCUGCCCUUCUGGGCCGUGGACACCGCGCUGGACUUCAGCUGGCCCUUUGGAGACGCCAUGUGUAAGAUCAUCCUGUCGGUCACCGUCAUGAACAUGUACGCCAGCGUCUUCUUCCUCACCGCCAUGAGCGUGACCCGCUACUGGUCUCUGGCCAGCGCGCUGAAGACCACAACCGCGCACAAGUCCUGCUCCGCCAAAUGGACGUGCGCAAUUAUCUGGACGCUGGCGACCCUGGCCACCGCGCCGACUUCCAUUUUCUCCACAGUCAGCAACGUAACGGGGGAAAAACUGUGUUUGCUGAGGUUUCCGGGCGGUCAGUACUGGCUGGCGGUGUACCACAUCCAGAAAAUAGUCGUGGGCUUCGUGGUGCCCAUGUCCAUCGUGUCCACCAGCUACUUCAUGCUGCUGCGCUUCAUCCACAAACGGAGCAUGAAAACCAGCAACCCCAAACGGAGAUCCCAGGUCACCAAGUCCAUCACGGUCAUCAUGCUGUCCUUCUUCCUCUGCUGGAUGCCGAACCACGCCAUCACCCUGUGGAGCGUGCUGGUCAAACUCAACGUCGCCAACUGGGACAGAGCGUACUACAUCGUGCACACGUACGUGUUCCCGCUGACCGUGUGCCUGGCGCACACCAACAGCUGCAUGAACCCCAUCAUUUACUGUCUCACGAGGAGGGAGUUCAGGGACAAGCUGCGAGGUCUGAUCCGCAGAGGAUAA